AUGCGCGGCGGCGGCGUGCGCGUCGCGCAGACGAGCUCGAACCUGAUCGCCGAACCGUACGCCGGCCCGCCGCGACGACCGACGCUCGCGGAGUGGGCGACGACGAGCAAGGGAUGGCGGUACGCGUACGAGGCGGCGACGAGCCGAGCGAAGGACGCGUACGCGCUGUCGAAAUGCGCGAAAGAAGUGCGUGGAUUCACGCUCGAGGGAUUCAAACAGGAGGCGAAACAAAUGUAUAAGAUGAUAAACGCGUCGAGCGCGAACGUGGGGCACGGGAAGACGCUGGAACACGAGACGCGACACGCGACGACGGAUAAGACGCAGAGCGAUUUGAAAAGGGAACGGAAAAGCCGCGAGCGGGGGGGGUGGGCGCGAGUGGAUUGGAAUUUGGAAUCGAUCGAUGAGUGUCAGGUGGUGCGAGGACGGUUGAUCAUGGCGAACGCGAACGAUAGUAAUGGACCGGGGUUCGCGCAGUUGACGACGCGGUUUCGAGGGAAGCAAAGAUUCGCGGCGUACGACGCGCGGGGACGAUUAGUGGCGGGUGAUCCCGAUGAGAUUUUGGAUGUGGAAGACUUCUGGGUGUUCGAACACGGGCUGAAAAUUCCCAACGCGCGGUGGCGACUCGCUGGUCGGUUGCACAUGCCGACGCCGCGUGCGCCGGUUUGA